UCAAAUUUUCUUCGGACCAGUCGAGAGCUACUCUAAAACGUCUAACAUUUUUUUCGAACGGGUUUGGCCGCAAAAGAUUCUUGAAAAUUAAAAAACCCAUAUUUCGCGAUAUAACUUUUUUUCUGUAAACUUUUCGGAGAAAGUUUUCGUAAAAAAGUUGUUCGUCGUGAAGAGAUCGAAAUUAUGAGCCCAAUUUUGAAAUUUUAUAAAAAUUAGUUUACUUGUAAAUUGCAAGCAAACACGGAAAAUUUUUUUUUGGAUUUUUUCGAAUAACUCGAUCAAUAAUUAACUUGUGGUAUUGUAAUUGAUGGAGCAGUAAUUUCAAUCCUUUCCCCAGAGAAUAUUUGAAGAUUCGCUCACCCAGGUUUCAUAGUUGAGCAACAAUACGCGACGAGGCAAAAUCCGCGGAUUGCCCAUACUUUCUUACGAACGAUCGUCACAUGGUGCCAAACAAUCAUGAAGGUAGUGUUCUAUGAGUUCUUUCUAGAUACAAAAAAAAAAAAAAUUUUCCAUCCAUAAAAACUGACUUUUCCUGCGAUUUUAAAAUUUUUGCUCCCAAACAAAUAAAGAUAUCUCUGAUAAUUGAAUCCAAAUUCGAAUAGAUCUUAAAAGAUUCUCAUUGUUCUUUCUUCAUUGAGUAUUUCAGCCAAAAAAAACCUGAAUUUGUCAAUUAGAACCGGAGAUAACAGUACCUUAGAUUUUGGGUGAUAUUUAUUGCUGUGAUUAAUAUUAAGAAACUAAAAAAAUAUCAAAAUGCGUCAAAUACUCCACAGAAUAACCAUGAAUUUUUUCAACAUCUUCAGGGUAGUUUAAAAUAAUGAAAAAAAUUAUUGAACAGCGUUGAACGCUUCGAGCCGUGUCCGAUCGGUUGAAAUGCAUGGUGGGGGGUGCCGACGCGCGUGGUGGAAGGGCCGAGCGACGCGAGCUGACCGAUACACUUAACAAAUAACCAUCUUCGUUAAUAAUUGUCGUGGAUAAGUAUUUUUUUUCAAACCUACUUGUUUUUUUUUUUCAACUUUUCGAAAAUCCACUUGUAUCUUCGAUCCGACCUAUAUUGAGCCUUUUCCAAAAAAAUUCAUAUUGUUACUCCGGGCGGAUAACCGGAGUAGGAAUAAAUGGGUUAGGGGAAUAGAUUUAAGAGAAGUCUGUUUUAUUCAGAAAAAGGUGCGUGCGCUCUCUUUGCUAGUUCUGAACAGACUGUUAUUUACAAUAAUAACAGCCAACUAGGCAAAGUCAGAUUGACAGACGUCAAAGACAUCUAACGAAGAGUCUGGAGGUAGCGCCAAGAGGAGGCGGCUGACUGCCCGCGGUCAAACAUCAUGACGUUGGUCACGACGCGACGUCAUGACAGCGCGACAGCAGCCCUACUCGACUGGCACUAACCUACCUAUCGGACCAUGCGAUGCGUAUACGCUGAGAUCCCGUGAAGAGAUUUUUCCCAGCGUAACAAUAUGUAUUACUUCGAAAUAUUGCUAUAAAGUAUCCGAGAAUCAUAUUCAAUGUUUCUAUAAAAAUGAAAACAAAUAUUGUCCCCGUUCAAUAAGUCUCCUAGCAGAAUACAGAGGAGGAUCACGAAAAUCGAUUCGUGGAUAUUUUAUUGUUUGGAAAAUAUUUUUUACAAUUCUUUAAUAGUGAGCAUUAUCACAUGGCCUCGAGGGAUGAUGUAGUUCAGGGACCGGCAGAGUCUCGCGCCAAGUACAUGCGAUAAUGCGUCUGACGCCCAACAAUAUUUUCGUUCCGUUUUUCCGUUUCGCCCAGAUCGCGCCGAAGGAACGUCUAGGUUUCCUGGGUAAACCCCGCCCGGGGUAAAAAGCCUAGCGUCGCAGUAUACAUAUGUAUGUAUGUAUACGGAAGCCCGGUAGGGACAUCUGACUGAUUCUGUGUCGGCAUUGCUACGUUGACUGCAGAUUGCUAAUCAUCAGUCAACGAUUGCUAGAUGCAUCAGCGCCGGUAUACACCAUCGGCGUAACGAUACCAACGAAUUCAGACCUGUAGGUCUGAAUUCGUUGACGAUACGAUGCCGACAUACACUGGCGCUGAAUUCAAAUGACAAAUCGAAGGAGAACAUCCCCCAACUCACAAGGGGAGGCUGAGAGAACUCGUCGUCACCGAUUUCGACCAAAUUCACAGUAUAUGUUGGGCUGGACUAGAACUUAAAGUGAGCCAAGUAAAAAGACGAGAUGGCCAAGCGUUUUGCAGAUAUUAUUGUUUAAACAUUUUACGAGUAGUAGACAAGCUUUUUGAGUUGAUGUGUAAAACAAAUAGUGGUCAGUGCAGCGGCAGUGAGAAAGGUUCUACUUUCUGCCGUCUGGCAGGUAGUGUCAGCGCACCGAGAUUGCGAUCACAUAGCGAAUCCUAUUCGUUAACCCCCAGAAAGACAGCGUUUUGAUUGGACACCGAUCACCACGCUGGCUGCGUGAGGGAUAUACAGAACUAGUGGAAGUGAAAUGUCAUCUGUCGUCUGUUGGCAAGGCUAUCAUGGCGGCCGCAACGUGCCAGUGAUAGAUUUGCGAUCGCUGGAACGUAGGACGUAUCGUUGUACGGCACAUGGCCCCGUGACAGACCUUUCAGUUUCGCAAAUGAACCUAAAUAAGCGCAGCUCGUUUAUCCACCUUAUCGAUAAUUAAAACGUCGGAAGUUCACUCGUCAGAUGGUCGACUACUUGUAAGGUUACGAGGUGACAGCUCGUAAGUAAACGGUAAUCGUCACCGGCAGUGAACGCGUAAUAAAGUUUCCAAUGCAUCGCAAUGCAGACGUAUUGAAUUUAAUAAGCAGGGCGUUCAAGGUCGUCGUAUCUGCAAAGCAAUUAUGUAGGUAACAAACAUCAUGGAUGCAAGACGAUCACAAACUUUGCAUUUCUGAAGUACCCACUGUAUCGAAUCAGAACUAACAUCUUCCCCCAAUUCCCAAGCACACCGAUAUCGAAAAAUACAGCAGCUCACAUUCCGGUGUUACAAAUCGAGGGUUCCUAAUCCCACAGGCAAAAACCAACGUCGAAUGAUCCAACACCACCACCUGGAUAUUACAAAAGGACGCUUUCCCUCCUGGCACGUCACAAACUUGAGUGUUAUUCCCUUAAUCCUACUCGGUUCUGAAUGCUGUAACAGAAUCAGAGGCAGAAAGACUCGCCAACACGUAAGUCUUUCGCCGAUGCUUCUCGUUGUUACACAUCGCAGUCCACAAAACCCAACAUAUUUCCCCUGGAGUUCAUCGUAAGUCAACCAUAAUUCAUGCUUCUAUGACGUACCUGCUGUACUGUAUCAACACGAUUAACACCUUCCUUCCAACCCCAAGCAUACCAAAGGAUCCUACUUCCAUAGGUGUACCGACACCCACAAAUUCAUCGGCACUACCUAUGCAAAUCCGUGAAAGAAGUUACCUCUCCAGAAACGUAACGAACGCAAAGCUCCUCUUCAAUCACACCCGCUCAACAAAGAUCCAAGGACCCGAAAUGGCGGAAGACUAUGCAAAACAAAGAAAGUCUACAUUCAACAAGGUCCGACGCAAGGUAAAAUCCCGACCAUGCACUAGGGAGUUCUCGCAUACCGAUAACGAUGGAAAAAUUGGUUCCCGUCCCGAUACCAGCAAGUCAAAAGUUCCUGUACCCUCAAACAAAGGGCCGCCGUAAAAUUCAGAGUCUACCUCACGCUACCCGGAAAAAGACGGUCUUUUUCCUGGCCCUUCACACAACACGAGCUCUGCCGUAAACGUAUGCGCUGAUCAAAGCUGUUGCUGAACGAAAUGGUUAAAGAUCCAUUGAAUUAACGAUACAUCAACGAUGGCUAGACGCUGUCUUGUAGUCACCUAGGGAACCUAUUUUAUCGACUCGCAAGCAUUUUCCUCAGAUGCCGACGCACUGGAACGAAUGAGCAUGCAUGCCGAUGCCUCACGCAACAACCGGCGCAUCGAUUAACGUUGUGACGAAGAGUAUCGAAAGAAAAGUGUCAAAUUCGUGCGGAAGCGUUUGUUUACGUAAUUCAUGUUACCGGCAAUAACAAACAACAUCGACCACUAGCCAAUGUCGACGAUCACCGUGCGCGUCUCGUGAAAGUGGCCGCGAUCUACGCUUGCGUCAAAAUAUUCGAAUUUCGCAGUCCGCGAGCGAGCACGAGCCUUGCUGGAGAUAACGUAGUCACCGGCGUAGGCGUCUUGUUGUGGGAUGUCACCCGCGAGAGCUGAUUCGGCAGUAGAUCAGCCCUCAUAGGUGACAUCUCACAACAUUAUGCCUACGCCGGUGGCUACGCUGACUCCAGCAAUAACAAGGCUCGGGCUCGCUCAGAGACUGAGAAAUUCGAAUAUUUCGACGCAUACUCUGAUCGCGGCCACUUUCACGUGAAACGCACGGUAUAAGCAUGUCAUGUGAGCCAAAGUGUAUAAGACUUAUACUCUUUGAUGUGAGCGAAGUACUGCGUCCCAAAGUAAUUGCUGUACAUGAUAAGCAUUAGAAUGAUUGAUCUAUUUAACGUAGCAGUGAUUGCAAUGAAUGGUAAUAAAUGGGUAUUCGAAACAAAAGACACCAUCAAUGUUACUUUCAGUUCUGGCGUUACAUUGUAAUUGCUGUAUUGUAGUCAUCUGAAGGUCAAGGACGGUUGGCGCGGUAUCCAAAUGUCAAAGGAAAAUCGAAACGUGUUUCCAUAUAGCGACGGGGCGAAAUAACGUACCGUUGACAGGCCAACUUCAAUGUUAUAAUAAUUGGCAAUCAGAAAUCGAAAUCGUCGUUCGAAUAAAUGUCAGACUAAUCAAAUAAACGCAUCGAAACAAAA